UCGCAUAGUUAUAGCACCCGUUUACCCAAUACGAGAGCCCGCGUUCGAGGCGUUGUUAAAUUCCACGGUAGAGACAUCGUUUGGACGCCAGCGCAUUCACCGAUAUGGUUGUGUUGUGAGUUAGCAAUAUGGAGGAUGUCGAAACAAUCGUGCUAGACGGUUCGAGAGUACAGGAAGAGGAAACGGCAGUGUCCGGUGCAGAUGCCGAUAAAACAAAAGCGGAGUUUGUUUGGACCCUGCUGGCCACCUGGCACCUGGUCAACACCCGACUAGAAAUGGACCAGGCUUUCGAGCAGCCCGUGUGCAAGAAGAAGAAACUGUGGGAGGCGGUGGCGGAGAAGGUGAACGCUCAGCUGAGGGAGAGGGACGGGGCGGACGUCUGGGUCAAGUCCUACGAGUGCGACCUCAAGUGGCGGAACAUGCUGACCACCUACAGGAAGAACGCCGCCAGGGCCAAGAGGCUGGGGGAGGCCAGCGUCCACUGGGAGUUCUUCAGGAGGAUGCACCAGGUCCUGGGCAAGAACCGGGAGGACAUGGACGCCCUGCGCCGGGCCAAGCUGAGCGGGACCGAGGCGGGAAAGGCCGCGGCGAGCAAGAGGUUCACGCCCAUUCUGCCUUCGCCUCCCGCCGCUUCGCCCUGCCCGCCGCCGCCACCACCCUCACGGCCUCCGCAGGACGUCCUGCAGCUAUACAUGGAGCUGCAGGAGAGGAAGCUGAACAUGUGGGCCCAGCAGAAGGCCCUGGAGGAGAGGAAGAUCGAGGCCCUCAACAACUUGGCCCAGGCCAUCUCCCGCCUGGCUCACAGAGACUCUCAGCUGGGCAAAGAUGGCCGCUAGUUCCACACCGAGACAAUGUCGGCGAUAAACGUCAACAAGCGAGAUGGCGACUUAUCCAGGGUGUACCCCGCCUUCUGCCCGAAUGCAGCUGAGAUAGGCUACAGCACCCUCCGACCCCAAAAGGGACAAGCGGUAGAAAAUGGAUGGAUGGAAGCUUUUUGAAGGCAACCUUUGGCCCUAGUGUGUGAAUGUUGCCCUGCGAUGAGGUGGCGACUUGUCCAGGGUGUACACCGCCUUCCGCUCGAUUGUAGCUGACAUAGGCGCCAGUGCCCCCCGCGAUCCCAAAGGGAAUACGCGGUAGAAAAACGGAUGGAUGGAUUCUCGCUGAAAAGAAUGCUUUUCACAUCUUUCAUAAACAUUACGGUCAAAGUUUUGUUCUGUCUGAAGACACUUUUGCGAUACAUUGCCAUCUAGUGGGUAAAACGUAGAACUGCAACAUGUUGAAACCUACAUUUGGAAGCAUUAAAAGUGACUUUUUUAUUAA